AUGAAGCUGCCGCUCGACUUCCGAGACGACGGUCGGCGGGACGCGGACCGACGGGACACGGAGCGACGGGACACGGAGCGGCGAGAGACGGAGAGGCGAGAGUGGCGCGAGUUCGACAACUUGUCGUCGGCGUUGCGUUCUGCACGGGGUCGUUCGAAGACGCCACGAGGGGAGUCGGCGCCGGCGCCAUUCUCAGCCUCGGCGUUUGAACUUCCGCCUCCUCCUCCACCGCCGCCGGUGUUUGGGUUCGAGCCUCCGAGUAUGAUGGGGCCGUGUGCACACGCGGCGCAAAACGUUAAACAGGCGGAGACUGCGUUGUCGCACGUGAUGAAGAACGAGCAGGAGUACCUGGCGGCAGUGAAGUUGAAAGCGGAUCAGAUGUUGGAUCGGCUGCACGAGGAGUUUGGUCCGUACUUGUUGGAGGACGAGCGGUACAGCAAUCGCGCGUCGGGGGUAAGUGACCUGGCAGGCGUCUUGGCGUUAUGCCGUGGUCUGUUGUUUGCGCCGCCACCCGAGGGUCCAGAUGCUGACCUGACGGAGGCGGAGUUGCAGCGCGAGGAGGUGUUAAGGCACCACAAGAUGCUCUACGCGUUGCGACGUAUCCAUCCGAUGUUGUUUCACUCACAAGUCAACCCCCAUGCUUUGCGCCUACUCGAGACCUUCCACAAAGAUUUGGUCGACGAACUCUGCCGCUCGCACCUCCUCGGCAUCUCCUUCCCCGACCCUGAGUUCAUGCAACUCGCCGGCCAGAGCUGGGGCGGCAAGAACAAGGUCAGUCGCCGAGGCGCCAAGACCGGUGGUGUAGACCUCGACAGCGACACCGAGGAUUUAUUGCAGGAGUACGACCAGGCCAAACGACAGAAACUUACAGAGAUCAAGGCCAAGAUACGGCAGCGAAUCAAGAACGACAUUCGGCUCGUUUCUGGCAAAACGGAAGGCAUCGAUGACGCGUUAAUGUCCCCCCUCGGUGUCCCACCUAGUGCCGCGCUAAUUAACCCAGUUACGGGCCAACCCAUGGGCCAGGCCGUAGCGGGGCCUGACGGUCAGCCGACGCCCUACCCGUUCUACCCGGCUGUGAUGAUGCCGCCGCAGGCCGUGAUGGCACCGCCUGAAAAGGAGCACCGCAAGAAGCGCAAGAAGCGCGACAAGGAGGCGGCGGCCGCGAGCUCCCCGCCGGCACCCAAGACCGAGCCGGAGAAGCCCCCGGAGGAGGCGGCCGAGCGCGCUUCGCUGAAACUCAAGCAGAAGGAAGCCAAGAAGGCGGCGACUAACGCUGCCCCUGCCAAGGCGGACCCUGCCAGCAAAGAGUCGCGCACGCUGAAGCCGGCGCCCAAGGGCAAAGAGCCUCCCAAGGCGGGCGAGCCUCCCAAGGCGGGAGAGCCUACCAAGGCGGGAGAGCCGCCUAAGUUGGGGGCGCCGAAACCGGGGGCCAAGAAGGACGGUGCCAAGGAGCCCCUCAAGGGCGCUCGAGGUCUCGGCGCUGCCCUUACCACCGGCGACAAGAAGGGCUCCGUCGGUGUGGGUAAGGGCAGGGGCAAGGAUUCGGGCGGCGGCCAGAUCAAACGCGGCUCUGGUGAAAGAAAAGUGUUUGGCACCGGCGACCGAGGAUUUGUUGAUAAGGGACACGACAAGGGAGUAGAUAAGGGGGUGGACAAGACACACGGCAAGCUGGACCUGCCAAAGUUGAAGAAACGCAAUCUCUCGCCCACCAAACCGUCGGACAACACGCACUUCGAAUUGCCCAAACUCCGCAGUCGAGACGAUAAGAAAGGCGGCGACGAUAAAAAAGACAAACUGCUCAAGAGGGCCGGUGACGAUAAGAGAGCUGGUGAGGAUAAAAAACCGAAGGCCGAACAGCCCAAGCGAAUCGAGGCCAAGAAAGCCGCCAUGGCCCGCGUCCAGAUGAGCAAACGUUUAGAAAACAAAAACACGGCUGACCCAGCUCCCGCGGCCAAGAAAGGUGCUUUAGAUGACAUUGUUAAAAAGGCCGUGAAGGCAGCCACCCUCAAAACCAGUCUUCAACUCUCACCGCAAGCGAACGUCGCCAAAAGCGGCACCGUCACCGGCAGCAAACCGCCUGCGUCCAAACCAUGA